UCAUAAUGGCGGCCGCUGCACCUGGUGCACACCCGAAAGACCAACCUUGCUACGGCUGCGUGGAAGCUGCCGCGGCGGAUCCCUCAGUGGGUUUACCGACGAGCGGCCACUGCGAAUGUCGUGCCCACUACAUUCCUGGCGAGGGCUUGGUCACCGCUUACCUGUGCGCCUACCACGGCGGUCAGGAGGCCGAUGCCGAGGAGUGGCAGUGGUACGACGAUCCUGAAGAGCCCCACCCGAGCUUGAACUACUUUGAGUACAAUCCGGACUACGAGUACCAGAACUGGCCGGUGGGUGACUCGAAUGAUAGGAACCGCGUAUGUCUGGAUAGGCGCAAGGCCACCUUGGCGGCCAAGGACAAGCCUGCCGAGAUCGCUGGCUGGGGCUCCUGGUGGAUGGCGACGAGCGAGCGCACCCUGAUGCCCGUAUACGUGGUGCUGUUCGUGCUCAUCGCCUGCCUGCUGAUCGCCGUCGCCGCGAUCAACGCGCUGACGAGCGCUUACGACGACGGCAGCGCCACAACGAUUGCCGGGAUGCCGUACGAGACGCUGCCGGAAGUGCGCCUUCUGACAGCAACGGGCCCGACCACCACCACCGAUAACAGCUCGUACACCACGGACAUCUACUAGGAAUUCCGCACGAGGUCGCCGUGGGCGUAUACCGCACAGCCAAGCGCCCAACAAUUGGCGUUGUUGUUGGACUUCAUACGUACCGCACAUCACCUUUUGUGCCGAUGUUCACUCCUCUCGUCGUGUAUAGUACAUAUCGAGUGUAGAAGAAAAAAAAACGCUUUAUAUAUACGCCACAUUUUGCGCGAAUGUCAAAACUUGCGUCGUCGUAUCGAUUGUCUUUCGACUGACCAGGAAGACGACGAUAGCAGGAGUGAGCAGCUUAGAAUGCGAGAUUUCAAGUUCCUUUCGCUGCAUGAACGCUUCUAUUAUAUCGCAAAGUUGAUCUACGUCUGUCAGCCGGAGCAUAUAGACCAAUAUCCAGUGCCGAGUGAGCGAUCUGUUUGUGUAAACAAGCACUGGAAAUAUUGACAUCUUUCCAACCGCAAACGGUUUUCUUGCAAUUACAGGUAAAUUUAACCUAUAAAGUCGCAUGUAAAUUAUAACUUAUAAGUGACUUAAAUCGUUUUUCUUUUUUUGCUCGCAACUUCAUCGAUUUAGCCUCGUUGCGCAUAAUACUCAGUCCAGUGGCUGAGUAUUAUGCACACCCGAAAAAAAAAAAAGUUGACGUAUCUGAAAGCCCCAUUUCACUAUACCUUCUUUCACAAGCAACUGUGCAGUUUCGGACGUUAAACCCCACACUUUAGUUUAAUCUACAUACAGGAUCCUAUAUAGGCGAAACUUUUGGUCGCACGAACUUCGAAACCUCCUGCAACAAAGCUGCGCAAACGACAUAUGCGCGUGUACCCGUUAACGUCUCACAAUAGUGUGCGCACAGCUUGGCCACGUGGUCACGGGUACAUGAAUUACAACGAACGACGUUAAUUAUUGGUAGAAAGAAAUGGAAUAAAAAUUAAAAAGAAAUACGACAUGGCUCAAACAUAUCGAAAGCUGAACCUACACGUUUACUCGUUACUCGAUCGUUUACUUACCCGUAAGCACACACACGCAUGCAUUAUAG